AUGACCUGCAACGGAUGCAACGCAUCCGACCUUACCCGGUUGGUGUCGGGGUUCGCCUUUCACCGCUCCUGGGGCGAUAGCCUCAACUGGAUGCCCGACAACGCCGCGGCAGACCUGGACGACAGCCACAUCGGCAGCAUCGACGGACACAUGGGCCGCAUGGGCGACGCGAUGGGCGGGCAGGUUACCCCGGAUUUCCAGGAACACCGGCACGAAAUCACUCAUCCCGACAGCUGA